AUGAGCGUUCCACAAAUAUAAGAUGACCCAAGUGUGAUUGAACCCACUUUUUAGGAGCUUAGAUAGACAUUCCUUAGUCAAAAAACUAAAUCUCUAGCCUAUCGUAAGACAUAACUGAGAAACUUAUUGAGGGGUUUAACAGAAAUGGAAUAAGAAUUCCACAAAGCUUUAGAAUUGGAUUUGAAAUGCUCACCCUUUAUUUCUUUCAUGACAAGCUACAAAAUAACUGUUUCAGAAAUUGAGCAUACUUUAAAAAAUUUAGAUUAAUGGGUUAAAGCUCGUCCUCUAGAUACAACUGUUCUUUCUGGCCCAGCAAAGACUUACCUAAAACCUGAACCUUACGGCGUUGCUUUAGUUAUGAGUGCUUGGAAUUACCCUUUGUUUACUGCUAUUCCACCUUUUGCUUAAGCUUUGGCUGCAGGUAAUUGUGUUGUCCUUAAGCCUUCUGAAUUAGCUCCUCACACUUCAAACUGUAUUUUGAAGUUAUUCAAUAAUUACAUGGAUAAAUCAGCCUACAGAUGUAUCGAAGGUUAAGUUUAGGUAUCUAUAAACAUUACAAAACUUCCUUGGGGUUUAAUCAUUUUCACAGGAAGCCCUGAAAAGGGUAAAUUAGUUGCCAAAGCUGCUUCAGAAAACUUGGUUCCUUGCAUUCUUGAAUUAGGAGGAAAAAGCCCAACUGUUGUAGACUCAGAUGCCAACCUUGAAAAUGCAGCUUUAAGAGUCACUUAAGGUAGAUUUUUGAAUGCAGGUUAAACUUGUGUUGCUUGUGAUUACCUUUUUGUUCACAAAAGUAUAAAAGCUGAAUUUAUCAAGAAACUAAAGGAAAAAAUCAUUUUAUUUUAUGGUGAAGAUCCUUAAAAAUCAAAUGAUUAUAACAGAAUUGUAAAUUGUUAAUCUACUGAAAGACUUGCUAGCUUAUUAAAUCCUGAAGACCAUAAAGGUUAAAUCAUAAUUGGUGGUAAGUUUGAUAUUUCUGACAAGUACAUUGCCCCAACUCUUAUUGAUUAGCCAUCUCUAGAAUCUAGAGUUAUGAAAGAAGAAAUAUUUGGUCCUAUUUUACCCAUUUUAGAAUUUACAGAUAUUUAAACUGUAGUUUAAUUUAUUAACGAUAGACCUAACCCACUUGCAUUAUAUUAUUUUGGUUCAAAACAUGCAUAACUUUUUGAAGAACAAACCAGCUCAGGUUCAUACUCUAUAAAUGAUGCUAUAUUUUAACUUACUAAUCCUAAUCUACCUUUUGGUGGUGUAGGAAAUAGUGGUUCAGGUAAAUAUCAUGGAUUAGCAGGCUUUGACUCCUGUUCUCAUUUAAAACCUGUUUUCAACAAAUUACCCAUAAAUACCUUCCCAUUCUCUGCAAGAUAUCCUCCAUAUACUGAAACUAAGUAGAGUACCUUAAAAGUUUUAUUUGCAACUGCUUAAUUCAACCAAUCAACAGGAAUAAAAUGGAGUCUUGCUAUUAUAGCAUUAAUAAUACUAUCAAAGUUUUCUUUCAAUAGCGAUCUAUAACAGAAAGCAAGAUUCUUACUUAGUCAAUUAUAAACAAAGUUUUCUAACUUGUGA